UCCCCAAUCCCAGCAUUUCAUCGUCACAUGGCUUCCCACUAUCUCCAGCAACAACAGUGACCAUCUGGUGCCAAAUGCCAUCACUGUCAUCCUCUCAAGACUACAUUUUUGCCCUCCUGGAGGCAAAGAGCCUGGAGCCCUUGCAGCUGCAAAGUCCUACAGAGAGCCAAGCUGCUUUCUCACUUCCAUCUGUGAAGGCUGAGGACACUGGGAGCUACAGCUGUAUUUACUACAGGAAGACACCCCCCUACAAAGGGUCGAAUCCCAGCCUGGCUCUGGAGCUGAGUGUGUCUGGUGACUAGAGAUGGACACAUCCCCAGUGUCCAAUUCCAUCCGCAACAUAGGGGGGCCCAUAGAGCUAUGGCGACAGAAUAAAAUCCACAGAUUGUUGAGGGAAGAUUUGGGGGAGGGGAGACUCUGGUACUCUAUCCUGUUCUAUAAGGACUCAGAUUUGGGCCUCAAGAUAAUGUGAUUGGUCUCAGCCAAGAAAGUGGGAACAGAGGCAAAAUUUCUAUUAUCCCUGGCAUUGGGUGGUAAAAAGAGGGUGCCUAGAAAUGACAUAGGACCUUGACAACUGUCACCCCUUUCUCCUCAGGACCACUCCCCAAGCCUACACUCUGGGCCAAAGCUGACCUUGUGGUGGCCCCAGGGACCAACAGCACUCUGUGGUGCUCAAGACCCAGGCUGUCUUCUCUUAAGGAAGUGACCUUCACUCUGUGGAAGGCUGGGACGCCAGAGCCCUUACAGCAGCAGCCCUCAGCGGAUCUCUGGACUGAUUUCUCCCUCCCCUCAGUGACACCCGGAGACACUGGGAGCUACAGCUGUACUUACAAGGACAGGACAGCCUCUGGUAGAGAAUCAAUGCACAGUGAUGCCCUGGAGCUGGUGGUGCCGGGUUCUCUGUCCAAACCUUCCCUCUCAGCCCUCCCAGGCCUGGUGGUGGAGCCUGGGCAGCAUGUGACUCUCCAGUGCAGGCAGCCCCCUCAGUCAGCACUCUGGAGAGCGACAUUCACUCUGCUGAAGGUGGGCAGCCCUCAACCCCUGCAGAGCCAGAGCCCAGCUGGGACCUCAGCUGUCUUCCCCCUCCUCUCUGUGGGGGCCCAGGAUGCUGGCAAGUACACCUGUGUCUACUAUGAAAGAAUGGCUCCAUUCCAGGUGUCUGAGCCCAGUGAGGUCCUAGAAAUCUGGGUGACAGAUGCACUCCCCAAACCCUCCCUCUCAGCCUGGCCUGGCCUAGAGGUGGUGUCUGGGACCAAUGUGACUUUCAUAUGCUGGGGACCCUCAUGGACUACUAGAUUUGUCAUAUACAAGGAGGGAGUUGAGAGAAUCCUGCCCAGAAUGGAAACCCAUGAAGAUCAAGCCCAAUUCUUCCUGACUCAUGCCACCCCCAAGGACUCUGGAAAUUACAGCUGCAGUUACCAGAUUUGCACCAGUAGAAGUAUAUGGAAACAACCUAGUAAUGCCCUGGGGCUUCUAGUAAGAGAUUCCACCCAAAAGGAUUAUACUGUGGGGAAUGUCAUACGCAUUGGCCUGGCCGCACUAGUCCUUAUAAUCCUAGGGUUCAUCUUGGGUAAGGAAUGGAAGAACUGGAGGAGGACGAAGGGCAGAGGCCCCAAAAUGACCCUAAAGCUUGAACAGCCUGGUCAGGAACCUAGAUGAAAAAAAGGAAGGAAGACUACCUAAUGUUUGAGUUUCUGUGGAAAUGAUACCUCCUCAAGUAUGUGCCCCUGCCUCCUGUCUGGAUUACCAUUCCUCCUCUGUUUUGGCCUCUAGAAUCAUUAGCUUCCUUUGAUAAACUUCUCAGGUGCGAAAUCCUUCCCUGACCCUGGCUGGUACUACUACCCCUCCCUCAGUUCUUGACAUCUUCCCUCUCUUGAAAUGACUAUGUAACUUUUGUUAACUUAGUAUUUGCUCAUCAUAUACAUCUUGUAGCUGUAUAUCUACAAUGUAAUCUCUUUGAAAUAAUGUAGUGCCUUUGAAGGAAGGGGUUAAAUUUUUUCAGCUUUAUUUUUGCAUCAACAGCUUGAACAUGCUUUGCACAUAGUGGAUAUAAUAAGCAUUUGUUGAAUGGAUGAAUCAAUAAAUGAUACAAUAUGAUAUAAUGAACA